CACUCGGUUCGUAUACACACUUUAGUAAGCGUCCAAAGUGCGUGAAAAUGGAUUGUUUAUCUAUUGCGUGUUCCGUGGUGAUUGUUUUAAUAACAUUUGCCUAUUUAUUCAUCAAACGGAGAUAUUCAUUUUGGAAAAAUCGCGGAGUAGAGUAUUUGGAACCUUCCUUCCCACUAGGAAACAUUCCAUUCAAAAAGAUACACUUCACGCAGUAUUUUGUUGAUGUUUUAAAAUUUAAACAGAAAAGCUCCCUAAUCGGCGCCUAUUUAGUUACAAAACCAGUGGCAGUACCGAUAAAAGUUGAUCUUAUCCAAAAUAUUUUAGUGAAAGAUUUCGCCAGUUUUCAUGAUCGCGGGGCGUAUGUGAAUGAAGUGGAUGAUCCCCUGUCUGCUCAUAUGUUUAAUUUGGAUGGUGAAAAAUGGAAAGCUGUUCGAACAAAGUUAUCCCCAACGUUUACUUCUGGGAAAAUGAAGUUUAUGUUUCCAACUGUGGUUGAAGUCGCUGAGCGCUUCAAUCAUACUUUGGCAGACCUUAUUAAAACAGAAUCUGAAAUAGAGCUAGUAGAUUUGCUUGAAAGAUUUACAACUGAUGUGAUUGGAUCUUGUGCUUUCGGUAUCGAAUGUAAUAGCUUACAGGAUCCUAAAUUUAUUUUUCGUCACUAUGGAAAAAAGGUCACGGAAGUUCCUUUAUUGAGGCACCUUUUUGUCUUAGCUUUCCCAAGUUUGGCACGAAAAGUACACAUGAGAGUUAUAGAUAAGAACAUUGCAGACUUCUUCAUAGAAACAGUGCGUAAGACCAUUGACUACCGUGAGAAAAAUCAUAUCCGAAGAAAUGAUUUUAUGGAUUUAUUGAUUGAGAUAAAUAAAGACUCCGAUAACAGUAGCGAACCCGUUGGGACGUCCAAAAAACUGAGUUUAGAAGAUAUGGCUGCGCAAGCUUUCUUGUUUUUUGUCGCCGGUUUCGAAACGUCUUCCGCGACUAUGGUAUUUUGUUUAUAUGAAUUAGCCUUAAAUUUAGAUAUUCAAGAGAAAUGUAGGCAAGAGAUCAAUGGCGUUUUGGAAAAAUACAAUGGAAAUUUGACAUACGAAGCAAUUAAAGAAAUGACGUACCUGGAUCAGACGAUAAAGGAGACACUUCGCAAAUAUCCACCAAUCGGAUUUCUGAUCAGAAAAGCUGUCCGUGACUAUCCCGUUCCAAACACCAAAAUAGUAAUUGAAAAAGGAAUGGAAGUAUUCAUUCCACUUUAUGCAAUCCAUCAUGAUCCAGAAAUAUACCCGAAUCCCGAAAAUUUUGAACCAGACCGUUUUUCUCCGGAAGAAGUGAAAAAUCGACAUUCAGGGUCGUUUUUAGCCUUUGGCGAUGGUCCCAGGAAUUGUGUGGGACAGCGUUUUGCGAAAAUGCAAACCAGAAUUGGUUUGACAACUUUGUUAAAAAAUUAUCGAUUCAAAACUUGUGGAAAAACACCUGUCCCAAUGGUCUUUGAAGUGUUUAGAGGAAUACUUUCUCCAAAAGGUUCGAAAUUGGUUUUAGAAAUUGAAAGAGUUUAAACCCUACGUGCAUAUUUAUUCAGAAGUUGUUGUAGCUUCUGCUUUGCUGUUUAAUUCAUAUUGUCAUUUAAUAGCGUUAUAGCUGUGGUCCUUCUUUAUCAGUUAUAAGUAAUUAAAAUUGGAGUGUGAUAUUAUA